GCCGCGCGCUGUGGCCCGGGAUGGCUCUGCGGCCGCCAGGCGAGGCCGGCCCCCAGGACAAGGUGUGCUACCUGCCCGAGAGGCUCCAGAGCAGCCCCCAGCACCUGGCCGCCUACUACACGCCUUGCCCGCCCUAUGGCCACUACGGGAACACCCUCGCCGCUACGGAGGAGGAUUUCCAGCCUUUCCGGCAGCUGGAGGCCACCGUGUCUGCGGCCCAGGCUAUGACCUCCAUCGCCUUCCGGACGGCGCCUCCCUUGCUGAGCCCCGGCCUGGCCCUACAGAGGGAGCCGCUCUACGAUCUGCCUUGGUACAGCAAGCUGACACCGUGGUACCCAAUGCCCCACCUCCCCAUGGAGGUGCCGCACUUUCUGAACAGCAGCCGCGAGUACACAGGCGCCGCCAGUGAAGACUUGGGCCGCAUCGGUGGCCGCAGGGACAGUAGCCAGUGUUGUGGACCUGAAGUUUUAAUUCCGCUGCCCCCUGUGGAUGCUUCCGUGUUACCUGAGGGGCUGAAGACCUCCCAGGUAUUAGCUUGCUCGCCCAGCAAGCGGUCUGAGAAUGGCCCCAAACUCCUGAACCAAGAGAAGUCUCGGCCUUACCACUUUACCCAGGAGGACCUGUACUUAGUUCUGUAUGGGGUCAUUCCCAGCCUGGAGCACUCAGCGCGCUUGCACCAUGCGAUUUCGGGGCUCCUGGUACCCACAGACAGCUCUGGGUCUGAUACUCUUCCUCAAACUCUGGAUAAAGACUCCCUUCAGCUACCAGAAGGUCUCUGCCUCAGGCAGACCAUGUUUGGUGAAGUCUCACAUUUUGGUGUGUUCUGCAUUAGCCUCAUCGCCAAAGGAGUCAGAUUUGGGCCCUUUCAAGGUAAAGUGGUCAACGCCAGUGAAGUCAAGACCUAUGGAGACAAUUCUCUGAUGUGGGAGAUCUUUGAAGAUGGUCAUUUGAGCCACUUUAUAGACGGGAAAGGAGGCGCAGGGAACUGGAUGUCCUAUGUCAACUGCGCCCGGUUCCCCAAGGAGCAGAACCUCGUUGCAGUGCAAUGCCAAGGGCAGAUCUUCUAUGAGAGCUGCAAGGAGAUCUACCAGAACCAAGAGCUCCUUGUGUGGUACGGAGAUUGCUAUGAGAAGUUUCUGGACAUUCCUGUGAGCCUUCAGGUCACAGAGAAGGGGAAGCAGGCAUCUGGGCCCUCGGAAGAGUCUGCAGAAGGUUACAGAUGUGAAAGAUGUGGAAAAGUAUUUACCUACAAAUAUUACAGAGAUAAGCAUCUCAAGUACACCCCCUGUGUGGACAAGGGUGACAGGAAAUUUCCCUGCUCUCUCUGCAAACGAUCCUUUGAGAAGCGGGACCGCCUCCGGAUCCAUAUCCUUCAUGUUCACGAGAAGCACCGGCCUCAUAAGUGUUCUACAUGUGGGAAAUGUUUCUCUCAGUCUUCCAGCCUAAACAAGCACAUGAGAGUCCACUCCGGAGACAGACCCUACCAGUGUGUAUACUGCACGAAGAAGUUUACUGCCUCCAGCAUACUCCGCACACACAUCAGGCAGCACUCCGGGGAGAAGCCCUUCAAAUGCAAGUUCUGUGGUAAAUCUUUUGCGUCCCAUGCUGCCCACGACAGCCAUGUCCGUCGUUCACACAAGGACGAUGAGGGCUGUUCCUGUAGCGUCUGUGGAAAAACCUUCCCGGAUCAAGAAGCCUUCUACUCCCACAUGAAGUUUCAUGAAGACUACUAACCCU